CCCCUCCCCUUUCCCUGUCAGCCACUACACUGCCGGGGCUGGAGGAGGAGAGGAGCCCCGGGACCAUGGAAAGCAAUAGGGACGAGGCCCUGCGGUGUAUAAAGAUCGGGAGGGUGGCGUUGGAUGCCGGGGAUAAGCAGAGAGCCCGAAGAUUUCUGCAGAAAGCCGAUAAAUUAUACCCGAACAAAGAGGCCCGAGAAUUGCUGGAGGCUCUUGAAAAAGAUGAGUUUGCUUCUAGAAAUGAACCUUCAAGUACAAAAACAUCAACAGAACCAGAACAAACCAAACCCAGUGCUAGUGGCGUCGCAUUUGGAGAGUCUGGGAAAAGUUUCACAGGGGAUCAAAUGGAUGGAGUACAGAGGAUAAAGAAGUGUAAAACUUAUUAUGAAGUGUUAGGUGUAAGUGCUAAUGCUAGCGAAGAAGACUUAAAGAAGGCCUAUAGAAAGCUUGCACUCAAAUUUCAUCCUGAUAAAAACCAUGCACCAGGAGCGACAGAAGCCUUUAAAAAAAUAGGAAAUGCUUAUGCAGUGUUGAGUAAUCCAGAAAAACGCAAGCAAUACGAUCUAACUGGAAGUGAAGAUCAGGUGCAGAACAACCACAGAAAUGGUGGCUUUGACUUUCACAGGGGCUUUGAAGCAGAUAUUACCCCCGAAGAUCUGUUUAAUAUGUUUUUUGGUGGAGCCUUCCCAUCAGCAAGUGUACAUACCUUUUCCAAUGGACGUACCAGGUACAGCCAUCAUCAACAUCAACAUCACAGUGGUCAUGACAGAGAAGAUGAGAGGGGAGAUGGUGGUUUCUCCAUGUUCAUUCAGCUGAUGCCUAUAAUCGUACUGAUUCUCGUGUCCUUGCUUAGCCAGUUAAUGGUCUCAAACCCACCAUACAGUUUGUACCCCAGAUCGGGUGUGGGACAGACUAUCAAACGCCUAACAGAAAAUCUAAGAAUUCCUUACUAUGUCAGCAAGGAAUUCCAAUCAGAAUAUAGUGGCAGGACACUACAGAAAUUAGAAAAGAAUAUUGAAGAGGAUUACGUGGCCAAUAUCAGGAAUAACUGCUGGAGAGAGAGACAGCAAAAAUCCGAUUUAACACAUGCAGCAAGAGUGUAUAGAGAUGAGCGAUUAAGAAUGAAAGCAGAAUCAAUAUCCAUGGAGAACUGCAAAGAACUUAAGAGACUGACCACCCUCUAUCAAGGCGGAUGAAAUAAAUGAUGGCCUAGCUAAACAUCCCUUUUCCAUGUAAAAUAUAAAAACUGUAGUUUUAUCAUGCAUAGUAAUGCCGGGGGUAAAAUGUGAAACAACCUGCCCAUUGAGCAAACACAGGCUCAUGUUUAUUCUCCUGAAAGAA